AUGCAUUCUCUUGCCGUCGUGCUGGCAGUCUCUGCCCUCGCCUCUAUUUCGCUCGCAAAGCCAAUUCCUGUCCCGGGCACUUCCGUCAACACCAAGAAAGGCUUCACUGUCAACCAAGGCCCUGCAAAGCCAUUCCAGCCGGGUCCGGUGCAGUUGCAGAAGGUCUAUAGCAAGUACAACAAACUCGCUCCGGCUGAUGUCAGCAAUGCUGCAGCCGCCGAUGGGUCUGUCACUGCCACUCCGGAGCAAUACGACUCCGAAUACCUCUCCCCAGUCACCAUCGGUGGUCAAACCCUGAACUUGGACUUUGAUACAGGUUCGGCUGAUCUUUGGGUCUUCUCGUCUGAGCUGCCCAGCUCUCAAAGCUCCGGACAUAGCAUCUACAACCCGUCCAAGUCGUCCACCGCCAAGAAGCUUUCUGGUGCCACCUGGGAUAUCAGCUAUGGUGAUGGUUCUGGUGCUAGCGGUGACGUCUACACUGACACGGUCGACGUUGGAGGCACCACCGUCACCGGCCAAGCUGUUGAGCUCGCAAAGACAAUCAGCGCGCAGUUCCAGCAAGAUCAAAACAACGACGGCUUGCUCGGUCUAGCUUUUAGCUCGAUCAACACGGUUACACCUAAACAGCAGACAACCUUCUUCGACACCGCCAUCCACGAGGGAGUCCUUGAUGCCAACGUCUUCACGGUAGACCUAAAGAAGGGUGCUCCCGGCUCCUACGACUUUGGCUUCAUCGAUGAUAGCAAGUACACCGGCGAAAUUACCUAUACAGCGGUCAACAGUGCCAACGGGUUCUGGGAAUUUACUGGCACCGGCUAUGGCGUUGGUGACGGUUCAUUCCAAUCAAGCAGCAUUGACGCCAUCGCGGACACUGGUACCACAUUGAUCCUCAUUGACGACGACAUUGUUUCUGCCUACUACGACGAAGUUGAUGGUGCCCAAUACGACAACAGCCAGGGUGGAUAUACCUUUGACUGCACUGCUACUUUGCCUGAUUUCAUUCUUGGUGUUGAGGAUGCUCAAUUCACUGUUCCUGGAUCCUUCAUCAACUUUGCCCCAAUCACUGACGGCUCGUCGACAUGCUACGGAGGUAUUCAGAGUAACGAGGGGCUCGGUCUGUCGAUCUAUGGAGAUGUUUUCCUGAAGGCUGUAUUUGCUAUUUUUGACAGCGACAACACUCAGCUUGGUUUCGCGAACAAGGAUUUGUGAAGGGUAGUUCCGUUUCAGUCCUGACAGUCGAGGUGCUGCCACGGUAGUACCUCCCAGAAAGGACCGGGCGAAGGACUGAUGGUGAAAGUUUUGGCAUUAGUCGAAGUUGUUGUUGGACGCAGCCUGUUUACAUCUAGAGAUGAGACGAUGAGGACUGGGAUGAUUUCGUUUUCUCGAGUGUACAUACAUAUAUGACAAAG